UUUUGUUUUUGUUUUUGACUUCACACCUACGGUGUGGUAGGCGCUGUGUGUAACAAAUAGGCGCCGGGAGAGGAGUCUCCAGGAAGGUAGCACUAGAGAGAUAAGCCUCGAGAACAAAGGAGACAAAGGUGAUGAGGGAGAGCAUUCCAGGCUUGGAUGAUAGCCGGAGACGGAAUCUCCCGUACUAGCAAGACUAAGAAGGCCAGUUUGUCUAGAACGAAGCGCGAAGAGAACCUAUAAUGAGUCUCGAAAGAGGCUGGAACCAGACUGUGCGGAGCCUUAAAUACCAGAGAGGCCGCAGGGAGCCUCUUUUUGAGGAGUGACAAGACGGAUUGGACCGAGCGCUAGGAGAAGGGCGGCGAACGAGGACGCUCCAGCAGCCGCGGGAGGGCUGCAGAGGGAGGGAAGCCGUCCGGGCCCGCCCCGCCCCGCCCCGGCAGCCACGGCGGCAGGCGGCGGGCGCCAUGGCCGGGCCCGAGCUCCGCGCGGCUCUGGAGGCGCAGCUCCGCUACCUGGCCAUCCCGACUGUAAGCGUGGAUCACCCCGAGGUAUUUACAGUUGAAGAAAUGAUGCCUCAUAUCCAACACUUGAAAGGGGCACACAGUAAGAACCUGUUUCUUAAAGACAAAAGGAAGAAGAGUUAUUGGCUGGUAACAGUCCUUCAUGAUAGGAAGAUUAACCUGAAUGAUCUGGCCAAGCAGCUUGGUGUUGGAAGUGGAAAUCUGAGGUUUGCUGAUGAAAUGGCUAUGUUAGACAAACUGAAAGUUGGCCAGGGCUGUGCCACGCCUCUGGCUCUCUUCUGUGACCAGGGAGAUGUGAAAUUCGUCCUGGACUCUGCUUUUCUGGAAGGCGGAUAUGAAAAGGUGUACUUCCAUCCAAUGACAAACACAGCCACGAUGGGCUUGAGCCCCGACGACUUUCUCACCUUUGUGAAGAAGACUGGGCAUGAUCCUAUAAUAUUAAAAUUGGAUUAAACUAAUGGACCAACAUUUUGAAUAAAAUGUAACUUUGGAAACUGUCAA